GGGCGGGAGCCGCGCCGACCUCGGCGCCGUAGCAUUGCGUGCGCGUCCCCGCCCAGGCGGCCCCGAGGGGGCGGGCGGGCGGGCGGGCGCGCUCUUUCCAGCCUCCCCCCCUCCCUUCCUCCUCCUCCUCCUUUCCCCUUCGCUUGCGCGGCUUCGCUUCGCUCCGCCCCCUCCUUCUCCUCCUCCUUCUCCACCUCCUCCUCCCUCCUUCUCCCCCUCCUCUCUCCCUCCCACCCCCCCGCAGCGGGCGAGGAGGGCGGCUCUCGCUGCCGGCACGUCGGUGACACUCGCGCGAGGUGGCAUGAAACGUCCUGUUUGUAAGCAUAUGCAUAAGGAAUGCUCUUGGCACACCUUGAUAAGUUACUUUGGCCUAAACAUCAAUUGCCUCUUGUAAAAACCUAAAUGGCAGCUCAGAAGAGGAAGUCUAUGUUAGUAGAGCCCUCUGCUAAACGUCCAAAGCUGGACAGAAACAGCAAACAGUCAUCGACCAAGAAGCAAAAAGAGGUCCCAGAUAUAAAACAUGUUUCAAAUAAAUCAAAGGGUGCAGUGCAGGAGAAAACUGUACUUAAAACCUCUGUCAAAUCAAACAGCAACAACACCAAUGAACCUGAACUAGGAACACGCAUGACUACAAGAUCAUCAGGACUCAACUUGAAUAAUAAAACAACACCUGACAGAAAGGUCCAGCAGCAGCCUAAAUCUACAAAAAGUAAGGAGAUAUGCCAGAAAAAAACUGUGCAAGAAAUUCCUAAAUCAAAAUGCCUAGUUGCACCAGAUGAGCCAGUAAUGAGGAGAUCACAGAGACUACAGCAGUUAACAGGUGUACAUGUACCAGCAAGAUCCCUGCGCAGCAGAGAAAUUAAAGAAGAAAAACCUGUGGAAGUUAAAAAAAGUAGUCAGACAAAAAAACCCACUCACAGUGUUGCAGCAAAAGUAAAAUCUGUUGGAGAGAAAACAGAACAAAAAACUACAAAAGUAAAGCCAAACAAUACAAAUGAGGAUAAGGAAAUACGUGUAGAAGUGACCAGCUCUCUGAAAGAGAAAAAAUGCAAAGCUGACAGUAAAAAUGAUAAUUCCAACAGCUUUCAUCACAGUCUUCAAAGGUCAUCAUUAUGUCCUGAUCAUAGUCUUGAGGAAGUUAAGAAAGACCAAAUGGAUAUUCCUAUUCCUAUCAAUGCAAAGAAAGUGGAAACAGAUUCUGCUAAGCCAAAUUCUAAGACAGUAACUAAAGAAAAACAACAAAUGCAUCAGAAUGUAAAAAACAGUACAAAACCAAAAAAGAUUUCGCAGCCAUCUGCAAGUGAAACAAAUGUGGCUGAUCAACCAGAGAAUGAUGCAAAAUCCAAAAGGGUGAGCAUCCUAGAACUUUGUGAAGAAAUCGCAGGUGAGAUCGAGUCUGAUACAGUAGAGGUGAAAAAAGAUUCCCCUGUUGCUGAGUGUAGCAAGGCAGAAGACAAGCAUGCUGAUGUACAGCUUCCACAAAAUGAAAUGCUCACUCAGAAGGAACCUACUCAAAGUACUCAAUACAAACGUUUUUUCCCUAGCAAAAAAGUAAUGCCUGUGAAAUGCACUCUAAAUGGUAGAAGUAAUUCCUCAAACAAAAACUCUAAAUGGACCAAAAUUAAGUUACUGAAAGCUAGCAACAUGAAGCAAAGUAACUUAAAUUGUGCAAAUGCUCCCAAGCUUGCUUGCUUAAAAGAUUACUCUGAAAUUUCAGAGGCAAGUCAAAUAGGUACAGAAGCAGAGCUUUCAAAGACACAAGGCAAGCUGUCAAUAACAAGACUCUCUGAGAGUGAAAGUGCAACUUGUGUGCAGGUGAAAUCAGAUCCUUCAUGUGAAAGAGCUGGAGCUAAAGAAGCAACAUUAGAAAUAAAACAGCCCACAAAGAGAGGUGCAGAAAAUGGUUUGUUGUGUAAUUUGACAAAACAUUUAUGUGAGCCAAGACCAGAUGAGAAUUUUCGAUUACAUUUGGAAUCAAGUCCAGAAAGUUCCCCGGUAAAGAAUGUUACAGCUCCCAAACCACCAAAACAGUUUAAAAAAGAACCUGGAGAAAGUGAACCUCAAGGUUUGGCUGCCAAGCAAUUGACACAAACUUCAGUUACAAAUCAAACUUCUGAAACUGAGCACAGGGUUUCAUUGUCAAAUCCCUCAUUAGCAUCAAAAUGCAGCAACUUGUUACCAACUGAGGAACAUGCUCAGAAGCUAAAAGAAGCAGGAAAAGAUGGUGAUAAGCAACUGGUUAUAGAUGCAGGACAAAAAAGAUUUGGUGCUAUUUCCUGUAAUAUUUGUGGAAUGCUUUACACUGUGUCAAAUCCAGAGGAUGAAACUCAACAUCUGCUCUUUCAUAACCAGUUCAUAAGUGCUGUAAAAUAUGUGGGUUGGAAAAAGGAGAGAAUUUUGGCCGAAUAUCCUGAUGGAAAGAUAAUAAUGGUUCUUCCCGAUGACCCAAAGUAUGCACUUAAAAAGGUCGAAGAAAUUAGAGAAAUGGUAGACAAUGACUUGGGAUUUCAGCAAGCUCCACUCAUGUGUUACUCUAGAACUAAAACUCUACUUUUUAUUUCUAAUGACAAAAAAGUUAUCGGCUGUUUAAUUGCAGAACAUAUCCAGUGGGGCUACAGAGUUAUAGAAGAGAAGGUUCCAGAAAUCAGUUCAGAAAAUGAGAAAGUCAUAUUUGAAAGACAGAAGGCGUGGUGCUGUUCAACUUCUCCAGAACCUGCUAUCUGUGGGAUCAGUCGGAUAUGGGUGUUCAGCAUGAUGCGCAGGAAGAAGAUCGCUUCUCGCAUGAUAGAGUGUCUUAGGAGCAACUUCAUAUAUGGUUCAUACUUAAGUAAAGAAGAAAUCGCUUUCUCUGACCCCACUCCUGAUGGAAAACUCUUUGCAACACAAUACUGUGGCACCGGCCAGUUCCUGGUAUACAACUUCCUCAAUGGACAGCACCAGACUUAACUGCUCCCAAAGGAAUUCCAUUUUUAUUGGGAGACUUCUGCCAGGAUGCACUGAGGGAGGUGCAGAUCUUCAGCAGAAGCCAGGGCCAUUUUUCUACAGUGAACUCAGGACUGGUAACAACCAAAAGGUUGUACUAUUUUAUUAAAAUUGUAAACAAUGCAGUAAUAGGCUAACUUUGUUUUUUUAAAAGAAAGAUAUUUUAUUAACUUUUACAAAAGUUUGAUUGUAUUUUAUCUAGUUAGUCAUGUUUACAUGCAGCAGAAAAUUGUUCCUAGUGGACUGUAAACUAAUGCAAAGACUCUAGUAUGGCGGAUGAUGAGUAAAUGCUGAAGUUCCUAACAUGGUGAUAUACCAGUCCUGCAAGGCUGAGCUCCUGCCACCAGCUCCAGCAGCUGGGCAAGGCCAUUCCAGGGCUCUGGCAUCCCAGUGCCCAGGGCCAUGCUCAGCUGCAGGGAAGCAGAGACCUUUAGGGAGCAGUCCUCCUGGGUCAAGACCCUCACAGGCUGCUUGGUGGCUGCUCUGGGUGCUGCUGGGUGCCAAGGGGCCUGCCCGGGGCUGGCAGCACCAGAAACUUGUUCUCCCUCUGCUUUUGUCCUUCCCCCUGAGUAAAAGAAAGGUGGGAUGGAGACCCCAGGGGCUGGUGCACUCAUCAUUGUUCUCCAAGUACUGUACUGGGUAUAUACCGUGGUUAGUGGACUUCACUUUGGUACUUGUCACUCCUUCAUAAAUCUCUCCUCUUUUAAGGGUUUGUAUGUUGAAAAACUGCUGUGGCCUUUCUCAAUCUGUACAUAAUGUAGAUAGAUUAAAAAUAAAAUACUUGAUAGCUUUUUUUAAA